UUAGCCUAGAAGAGUUUCCCUGGGAUUAGAGGGCACCCCACCCCAUGACUUCCUUGUCCCCUUCCCUCAACCCGGAAAAACAGCAUGGGCUGGGACAAAGAGAGUUAAAAGCUGUGUCAGCCGCUGGUCUGGGACAGACAGAAGGAGGGGGACAGGUGGACAGCAUGACAGGUGGACCGCGGGAGCGUGGACUGGCAGGGUAGCUGGCAGAUGAAAGGGCGAGCUGGUGGGUGGGCAGAGAUAGCAGAGAGAGAGAGACAGACAGGCUGAUUGCGACAGACACCUGGAGGAGUCGGCAAGCAGAGAGACCAGAACCUGGAAGUGGUCCACCAUGAGGGCCAGCAUCUUUUUGCUCCUGUGUUUCGUUGGGUUCAGCCACGAGGCCCAAGAGAAGAUCACUAACGGCACAGAGUGCAUCCCUCACUCUCAGCCUUGGCAGGUGGGGCUGUUUGAGGGCACCCGUCUGCGCUGUGGGGGGGUCCUCAUUGAUCGCAGGUGGGUUCUCACAGCUGCUCACUGCAGCGGCAGCAGGUACUGGGUGCGCCUGGGAGAACACAGCCUGAGCAAACUGGACUGGACGGAACAGAUCCGACGCAGUGGCCUCUCGGUGACCCACCCCAGCUACCGAGGCAACCUGGGGAACCAUGACAAUGACCUCCGGCUUCUGCGACUGGGCACCCCUGUCCGGCUGACCACCAGCGUCCAGCCCCUGCCCCUGCCCACGACUUGUGCAACAGCUGGCACCGAGUGCCACAUCUCAGGCUGGGGCACCACCAACCACCCAUGGAGCCCGUUCCCAGACCGACUCCAGUGCCUCAGCCUCUCCAUCGUCUCCAAUGCCACCUGCCGGGCAGUGUUCCCAGGGAGAAUCACUGACAACAUGGUGUGUGCGGGCGGCAAAGCUGGGGAGGAUGCCUGCCAGGGUGAUUCCGGGGGUCCCCUGGUGUGUGGCGGGGUCCUUCAGGGUCUGGUGUCCUGGGGAUCCGUGGGGCCUUGCGGACAAGAAGGCAUCCCAGGGGUCUACACCAAUGUUUGCAAAUACGUGGACUGGAUCCAGACGGUCAUGAGGAGCAACUGACCUGCUGUCUGCAUCGUCAUACCUCAGCUUGGGGGCCACUCUGAGCGCCAACACCAUCUCCAUCGUCACCUCUAGCUCCCACUCUUCCUGAGCAGGGGAUCUUCUUGGCAGAACUCCCAACUCCAGCCAGCCCUCCUAAGACCCACGGUUGAAGCGGAAGGAAGUGUGUGACUGUCUGGAAUAAAUAAACCUGGAGGAGGGGCUGUGUCUAUUCGAA